AGUUUAGCUGCCUUCUGGACACCUAAGCCCAUUAAACCGUACUAUAGGUUAGGUACUACAUCCGACCUACCUAAUACAAUAGAACUAUACAAUACUUCGUACUUCGUCUGACAAACCAUUAACCUUCACUAACAUUCGCAAUUCUUAUUACACUCAUUUUCACAAGAAUUUGAUUGUAGGACAUACACCGAAAAAUACCGAACACUUCGGGUUUAUUCAGUAAAGGUCUAAUUUACCAAAAAAAUAAAAUGGCUGACGAGGACAAGGCCAAGGCCGAGAAGCUGGCUGCGGCUAAAAAGAAGCUCGAGCAGAGGAAGAAGGCCAUGGCGAAGAAAGGAGGGGCUACGAAACUACAAGACAAGGAUAAGGACAAGGACAAGGACAAAGAAGAAACUACCACUGCCGCCGCCGAAGCUACGUCCGACUCAGCUCCCGCACAAGAGCCUGAUGCUGCUGCUGCCGCCACUGCUUCUGCUGAAGAUGUGCCAGCAGAGCCGCCAGUCUCUCCUACGACACCAAGCGCAACUUCGCUACCUCAGCAGUCUAAGCUCCGCUCUUCAUCCUUCCGACAAGGCACCGUGUCUCCUACCGGUUUCCCUCUGAGCCCCGAAGGCGAAACCGCGCCCGAUAUAUACCGGAAGCAAGUGGCGCGCAUAGAUGACCUAGAGAAGGAGAAUAAGAGGCUCGCGAAAGAAGCCGGCGAUGCGGAAAGGCGGUGGCAGAAAGCCGAAGAGGAGCUCGCUGACCUGCGGGAAGCCGAUCGCGAUGGCGAGGAUAGCCAAGUUGAGAAGCUGAAAUCAGAGAUUGCUGCCCUCCAACGCCAAAAUUCACAAUUGCAGUCCGCCGCUUCGAAGCGCCACGGUUCAUCGCCUUCUAUCUCCAUGUCCUCUCCUCCAGCAGAACUCCAAGCCCAGCUCGCCUCCAAGUCCGCCACCAUCGAAACCAUGGAGCUCGAGAUCUCGCGGCUGCGCGCCCAAGCCGAGCGCCAGGCCUCCGCAGGCGGCACCGACCGCGAGCAGAUCACAGCUCUGGAGGAGAAGCUCGCGCGCUCCGAACAGGCCGCGAUGAAAGCACAGCGCGAGCUCGCAGACAUGAAGCGUAACCUCGAUCGCACGACGGAGCGCGCCGUCAAAGAGGGUAGCGAGCGCACGAGCGCGGAGACCAAGCUGCGCACUCUCGAGCGGGAGGUCGAGGAGCUGAAGGGCGAAAAAGCGGACCUCGAGAAGAAAGUCGACGCGCUGGAGAAGAAGGUCGCCGCCCUGGGCACCCUGCACAAGGAGAACGACAGCCGGUCGCAGGCGCUGCGCAAGGACAAGGAACGCGCGGAGAAAGAGGCUCAGGACGCUAAGGCGAAGAUCGAGAGCCUGGAGGCGGAGAACGCGCGCUUGCGCAAGAAGGACGCGGCUGAGGGGGGCGGUGACGACGACGGGGUUGACGAGCUGGAAGAUGAGGAGCGGCAGCGCAUGGAGAAGAAGAUCCGCGACCUGGAGGGCGAGAUAUACGACCUGCGCCGCGGCAUCUGGCACCAGCGACGCAGGGAGAUGGAGCACGGCGCCGAGACCGACCCCGCCCUCCUGAGUCCCGGCGGAGGCGGUUUUACGAAUAUUGACCUGGGCGGGCCGGGAUCGGCGCGGAAGCCGAGCCACAGGGGAGGAGGCAUCGGGGAUUUCUUGGCGAGCGGGAUUAACGCGCUAACAGGCGGUACCGCGGCGGACGAGAAGGCGGGUGGGCAUAACAACAAUAAUAACGGCGGCGGCGACGAUGGGUUCCUGGACGACGACGGGGACGACCUGGAGUUCGACGAGGAGGCGUUCCGGAAGGCGCAGCAGGAGGAGGCGCAGAGGAGGCUGGAGAGGGUGCGGGAGCUGAAGCGCGGGCUGAAGAAUUGGGAGGGGUGGAGGCUCGAUCUGGUGGAUGUUAGGAGAGGGGGUGGGGGAUACGGCGCCGGGGAGGUUUUUGAAGUUUGAGACGUGAAGGCUUCAGGGGUUGAGGGUUGAGGAUUGAGAAGUGCGAAGGUUUGGGUUUGUUUCCUGUGAGUGGCGGCGGUUGGGACCAAUGAUGGGGGUCUGACGGAGGAGUUGAGAAUGGUGGUGGGUGGGUUCAGGGAACACGAUAUGAAAUGUGACGCGACGCGAGAUUCGCGCGUAUGAGUAAAGUGAGGUUCGGUAAUGACCUCGCGGACAUAGACAAUGGAAUGCAUGCUUGGUCAUGAUAGGUUUGACA